GAUACUCAAAAAAUUCUAGAGGUCGCGGAUUUUGAUUUUGCUGCGCCGAAACGGUCUCGAUCGUUUGUGCAUUACCUAUUCUAACCGUUAGAACAUACGCGCGGGAAGAAAUAUUUGCCAGUGACGCGUCAGGACUUGUGCAAGACAGGAGUCAUGUUUGUUGACGGCCGAGCAAGACGUUGUGCUCUAAACGAGAAUCUGGUGGAACAACUGAUCGGAAAUGGGUGCACAUCUGACUUGGAGGAGGAAUCGGACGAGGAACAACUAGGCGAAGCAUUUCUGUUUCUGGAAAAUGAUGCAGAUAGUCCACACAACGGUGAAGGGAAUGAGUCUGAUGAAGAAAUGGGAGUCCCCUUAGCACAACUGCGGCAAUUAAAUGUGACAGAGCCUAGAAAUCAGCCAGCAGCCUCUACCAGUGGUCUACCAAAGCAAGAAAGACGCAGAAUUUGGCGCGCAACUAACUUCGAAAUCAAAUGCCAUGAUUUUCCACCAAGAGUAACAGCUGGUGAGGUAAAGAAAUUAAGGCUAAGGACUUGCUGUGGUUCAGAUUGGACCUUACUGAUGCUCUGAUUGCUUCGGUUCCUCAGGCUGAUCAAGUUUUAGAAGAUGAAGCUCCUAUUUCUGAACCAUCAACUAAAAGAUAUAGACCAGCUGUGGUUCCAUCGUCAGAUAAACGAUUGGACAAAUUUAACCAUUUCCUGAUCUCACAAGAGGUAGAAAAUGCAGGUUUGAGAACUGCACGUCUUUCACUACUAUCCGUUGCACAAAAUGCAACGUUCAUUUGUGCCUUGUUAGGAAUAAAAAUUGCUUCCUAGCAUGUCAUACUACCAAAUUUUCUAUUUGAUUAAUAUUGUUACU